GUAGACGGGAGCCUUCGCCGCGUACAGACCGGACAGAACCAACUGUUUUGCCUGUAAGUUCGAGUUCACCCUACUUCGGAGGAUAUCACACCAAGUACUGCCAGUCCUAUCUUUGUCUCCCUAUCAAUUCGAACGACAUAAUGAGGAUGUCAGCUCCCGAUGGCAGCAGUGGCUCCCGUACGCGUCCAUCUGAGUCGUUACUAGCUUGAACCUUGCAAUUGCACAGAGCUACGGACCCGAUCCAGGUCGGGAACAAGUCUGUACCGAGCUCCUCGCCAGCCUGAGCUCGGACGAGGUGCCGAGCGAGGUCAUGCAUCCUGCUAUGGAUGACGCUCUACGGCAGGUGCAGGAGUACGUGCUACGGGCCAACGCGUUUAUGAAAAAACUGCGGACCCUGCGGAACUCUUCCGUCCAUAUCAACCGCGUCCCGACCGAGCUUCUCGCUGAAAUAUUUUGGCACGCGACCCCGCCGUCAUCCGAUCGUUGUCGGGAUAUCUCUCGACUCAACUGUGUGACCCAUGUCUGUAGGCAUUGGCGUACGGUGGCCCUUGACGCUGCCAGGCUUUGGAGAACGUUGCAGAUUAACCGCCCGAGCGACUUUGAUGCAUACGACGACGAGCCUCCUAGUCGCAUCGAAGAAUAUCUACGCCGAUCAAAAUCAUAUCCUCUUGAUGUCACUAUCAUGUGCCUCAGGGGCACUCGUGUGGACGACUGCAUCGAGAUUCUCCAGUCUCACCAGCAUCGCGUCCGGACAUUGCACAUAGAAGCACAGGACCCGUACCACGACAUCAUACGAACCUUCCUACCCCGCGUUUCGCGCAUGGCUGCCCCGCUGCUUGAGGAGAUCAGGCUGGAGGUUGAUCCGACACUCCAGCCGCAUGGUCUGUUCGGCGGACAUACCCCUUCUUUGCACUCCAUCCAUCUCUCACAUGUGUCCCUGCCACUCAUUGCCGAGUCUAUCAUCCUGCGAAACCUGCAGCACCUCAUCCUCCUGGGGCAGGUUAUUCCAAUCACCGAGAUGGACACUUUGUUUGACAUCCUAGAACAUUGUCCUGACCUCAAGACCCUGAAGCUUCACAGUCACCCGGCAUUGCCACGUUUGCCUGCACCUCAGCCCCGUGCCCCUGCCCGUACGGACAGGGAUGUGUUGCUGCCCUCUCUACAGGUUGUAGACAUAGACUGGCAGCAGUCCAGGGUCACUGGCUGUCUCCUUACACACCUUUGCCUCCCUGAGACCGCCAAUCUGAAAGUGCAUCUCGCCCGCCUUGAGUAUCUGCCCCAUCGUGCCGCCAUUCGAACCCUGUCCUCCAUGCGCACCCUGUGGAUAGCCAAUAGCGGGACCAUAGUUAUCACCGGAUAUACGCAUUCUGUCGAAGACCUGUUCGAUUUAUGCAAGCAAAUAGGGACAUCUCCCUGUUCGGCGCCGUUGACUCAUUGGUUAUCGAGCCCAGAGACUUUUACCUAAUUGAUCAUUGGGUUAGCCUCUUCGAAUGCAUGCCUGGGCUGCGGACGCUGCAU